ACACUAUGCACCAUUUUACGCAGGUUUAUUGUUUCCAUUUUAUGGCAGUAUGAAAUAGGCUAUCGAUUUAACUUGUCCUAUUUCAACUUGGGCCAAGAUUGGAUUUUUAAACGAGCUGGGCUGGGCAUCAGCAGCCGACCCGCCUGGGAGCAGAGGAUCACAGGGACUGUGAGACUCGCAGGUCGGAGUGCGCAAAGCAACGCGCCCCUGUGAUUCAUCCGCAGUUUCCAGACGGUGCGCAGGUGGAGGAGAAGAGGAGAGGAAGAGGAGCCGCUCAGGACGGGCGGAUGAGACGGCCAGGGAUGUUCAGUACGCCUCACGUUUAUUCCUCCUAAGGAACGAACUGCUUUUCCUCCACCCCUCGGUGUUGCCUUGAUUUGGAACCAGCGGUUGAUUUGGCGCAGCUGUAACCCAUUUUUUUCCCUCCAUGACAAAAGUUUGACUGUUAAAAAAUGAUGCUCUGCUCCGCUCCUGCCUUUUCAUGCAGUGCUGUGGAUUCCGGCGUCAGUGUAAGUGGCCAGUCAUCACUUGAGAAAUAGCUGAUUCUUUCGGUCUUGAUUUCGGUGCCAGUUUCAACAAACAGAGGGCUUUUAUUCCUCCUCAUCAUCACUCGCCCGGGAUUGCAUCCGUUUGAAUUAAUGUCGCACUCCAUUAUGGACUUCCUCGGACUGUACUUACUGCAGCUGGCUCUCAUCGGAGUCCCACGCAUGGCCCUCUCUGCAGGCGGGAGGGACUGCCUGCGAGCCGGAGACACCUGCUCCAGCGACGACACCUGCAGCCCACGGCUGCGCACCCUCAGGCAGUGCGUGGCGGGGGACGGCAGCGUGAAGCUGGGGCCCGGGGCGCGAAACCAGUGUGAGAACGCCAUGACGGCGCUGCUGUCCAGUCCUCUGCACGGCUGCCAAUGUAAACGAGGCAUGAAGAAGGAGAAAAACUGCCUGAGCAUCUACUGGAGUCUGCAUCAAUCUGUGCUGCACGGACUCAGCCUGGUGGAGAGCUACCCCUACGAACCAGAGGAGAGAGGCUCGGACUACGUUCGCCUGGCCUCCAUCGCUGCAGAGUCUGAAGUGACGACAGUGAACCGCUGCCUGGAUGCCGCCAAGGCGUGCAACAUAGACGAGACGUGUCAGAAGCUUCGUACGGAGUACGUGUCGGCCUGCAUCCAGCCGUCAGCCCGCUCGGGGCCAUGUAACAGACCGAAGUGCAACAAGGCGCUGCGGAAGUUCUUUGACCGUGUUCCCCCUGACUACACCCACGAGCUGCUGUUCUGUCCCUGCACCGACACGGCCUGCGCCGAGCGCCGCCGGCAGACCAUCGUGCCAUCCUGCUCCUACGAGGACAAGGACAAGCCCAACUGCCUGGCUCAGCUGCGGAUCUGUAAAGCAGACUACGUGUGCAGGUCUCGCUGGGCACAGUUCCAGUAUGAUUGCCAACCUUCCGAGGAGAGCGCCAGCGGCUGCAAGCAAGAGAACUACGGAGCAUGUCUGCUUGCGUACACCGGCCUGAUGGGAAGCACAAUAACUCCCAACUACCUUGACAACUCCACAUCCAACGUGGGACCCUGGUGCUCCUGCGCAGCGAGCGGCAACCACAGGGAACAAUGCAACGACUUCCUCGCUUUUUUCCACGACAAUGUCUGCCUGAAAAACGCUAUUGUGGCCUUCGGGAACGGAUCGGAUGUGAAAACGGGUGCCAGCCAGCCCGGGUUGCCCAGUCCAGCCACGGACAACCAGAGCCCGCACUUGGCAACCACCGCCCCGGGCGUCCUCCUGGAGACAGAGCAGAACACUCUGAGAGCACAGAUACCUGCUCAGGUAAAAGAGAACGACAGAUUGUGGGGCGACGAGGGAGACUCCACUCUUCCGUCUCCGGGCCUGUUGGACCGCGGCGCCGAGCCCGUCCGCCUGUCCCUGCUACUGGGCCUCGGCUGGCUGCUCCUGCUGCUGCUCUCCGACCAAUAAGAGGCCUCGCUCACCUGGCCUCCACGGACAAAACUCCAGACCUG